AUGGCUAUACUCAUUAGUUCUUUGAUUAUUUUCACAAAAUUCAUACUUUAUUCUAAAGUAACAUAUUGCAUGGAGGUCGAUUUCUGCGUACCUGUUCGUGUGGAUCACCAAAAGCAUGAAAAGCAUCUGCAUCGGCGUGCGGAGCAGAUGAAUGAAAGACUGAUUGUUUUUAAACUAAGUGCAUUCAAACAGGAAUUUUACCUCCACCUCACGCCGGAUUCCAGUUUCCUUGCACCGGGCAGCUUGCCGCCUGAGAGCGGCUCCUCAGCAUCCAAUGGCUCUGCAACCGCUGACCUCAGGGAGUGCUUCUACUCCGGUGAUGUCAACGCAGCCCCGGACUCCUUCGCUGCGCUCAGCCUGUGUAAAGGUCUCCACGGGGGGUUCUCUUAUAACGGCAUGGAGUAUUUCAUUAGCCAGACCAGGACUGAAGAUGCAGCAGCCGCGUCUGAAUCUGGAAACUCUUUCGACAGAGAACAUGUCAUCCGCCGCCGGAGAAGCGCUGCGCACUCAGGCGGCAACUUCACCAGCAGGUGUGGAGUUACACCUGACACCAACUUCAACAUCUCCCUGGACAAAUACAAGCACAUGAGCGAACUGGAGAUUGAUGGCUUAGCUGAGACUGUGUUGAAAACCUUGGGGAGGUCCAAGAGGUUUGCCUCCAUCCCCAGGUUUGUGGAGGUGCUGGUGGUGGCAGAUGAAUCUAUGGCUAAAUUUCACGGGGAUGACCUGAAGCAUUACCUUCUGACCCUGAUGUCAGUAGCAGCCAGGCUUUACAAGCACCCGAGCAUUCUCAACUCCAUAAACAUUGUGGUAGUGGGCUUCAUGGCGAUAAAUGAAGCUGACAAGGGACCGAAGGUCUCCAGUAAUGCAGCCCUGACUCUACGCAACUUCUGCUCCUGGCAGAAGAAGUUGAAUAAACACAGCGACAAGCACCCAGAGUACUGGGACACUGCCAUACUGUUCACCAAACAGGAUCUUUGUGGGGCCACAACCUGUGAUACUCUGGGGAUGGCUGAUGUUGGGACCAUGUGCGACCCGAAGAGGAGCUGCUCUGUCAUUGAAGAUGAUGGCUUGCCCUCAGCUUUCACAACCGCCCACGAACUUGGCCAUGUCUUCAACAUGCCCCACGACAAUGUGAAAGCAUGUGAGGAGGUAUUUGGGAAACUAAAGGACAACCACAUGAUGUCUCCCACGCUGAUUCAGAUUGACAGGAGCAGGCCCUGGUCUGUGUGCAGCGCAGCCAUCAUUACUGAGUUCCUGGACAGAGGUCAUGGAGACUGUCUGCUGGACCAGCCUCAGAGGCAGCUGUCUCUCUCAGACAACAUGCCUGGUUCCAGUUACAGCCUGCACCGCCAGUGUGAGCUCGCCUUCGGCCCAGGCUCCAAGCCCUGCCCAUACAUGCAGCCCUGCUCCAAGCUGUGGUGCACCGGGAAGGCCCGCGGCCAGCUGGUCUGCCAGACUCGACAUUUCCCGUGGGCAGACGGUACCAGCUGUGGCAACGGCAAGGUCUGCUACCGAGGAGCCUGCACCGAAAAGAACAGCACCAUACACAUCAAGGUGGAUGGCCGGUGGGGGAAAUGGGGUGCAUUUGGAGACUGUUCCCGAAGCUGUGGUGGAGGAGUUCAGCUUGCCAAGCGAGAGUGUGACAACCCUGUGCCUGAGAAUGGAGGCAAAUACUGCUACGGCCUUCGCAUCAAAUACCGCUCCUGUAACCUCAACCCUUGUACAGAAACAGGUAAGAGUUUCCGUGAGGAGCAGUGUGAGGCGUUCAAUGGCUUAAACCUCAACACCAACAGACUGGGUUCCUCUGUGGUUUGGGUUCCCAAAUAUUCGGGUAUUUCUCCCAAGGACAAGUGCAAGCUCAUCUGCCGCGCCAACGGGACCGGAUACUUCUAUGUCCUCGCUCCAAAGGUUGUUGAUGGGACGCCCUGCUCUCCUGACACCUCAGCUGUAUGCGUUCAAGGGAAGUGCAUCAAGGCAGGCUGCGACGGCAAGCUGGACUCAAACAGGAAGUACGACAAGUGUGGCGUGUGUGGUGGGGACAACCAGGGCUGCAAGAAGGUUUCAGGAAUGUUCACCAAACCUAUUCAUGGCUACAACUUUGUGGUGACGCUGCCCGUUGGAGCUUCCAACAUUGACAUCCGUCAGCGGGGCUACCGAGGAAUGGUCAGUGAUGAAAACUACUUAGCGGUGAAGAAUCGGCACGGCAAGUACCUGCUGAACGGCAACUACGUGGUGUCAGCUGUGGAGCGCGACCUGUUGGUGAAGGGCAGCUUAUUGCGCUACAGCGGCACCUCCACGUCUGUGGAGAUUCUCCAGGCCACCAGACCCCUGCAGGAGCCUCUGACUGUGGAGGUGCUCUCUGUCGGGAAGAUGACUCCUCCCAGGGUACGCUACUCCUUCUACAUUGCCAAGGAGAGCAAGGAGGAGAAGACUCUGCGGAAAGAGGAGAGAAGCCACACAUCGCAGAAUAGCGUCUUGGCAGACAGUAAUAGAGUAGAAGCUAAGAAGCAGAUGAUGGGUAAGAGGCCAGUCAGUCAUUGGGUGACGGGAAGUUGGGAUUCGUGCACGGUGACUUGUGGAAAUGGUUUGCAGAAGAGGCUGGUGCAGUGCCAGAGCAAGGAGGGACGUCCUGCAGUGGACUGUGACAAUGCUGACAGGCCUGUAGCAGUGAGAGCAUGCGGGGAUCCAUGCCCCAUGUGGGAUGUAGGAAGCUGGUCUCAUUGCUCCAAGUCCUGUGGAAGGGGCUUUAAAAGGCGGCCAGUGCGCUGCAUGACCGAGAAUGGUCUGAAUCUACCCAGAGAGCACUGCUCUGGAAGGAGGAAGCCUCAGGAACUGGACCUCUGCAACCUGAAGCCAUGUUAGAGCUGAACAGACACAGC